CGGGCGCAGCGCGGCGGCGAUGGGCGGCGGAGCACGGGAGCUGGCGGGGUACCUGGCCGCGUUGGGCGGGUGGGUGGCGGCUCUGGCUGCCGCGGCUCUGCCCCAGUGGAGACAGAGCUCGUACGCCGGAGACGCCAUCAUCACGGCGGUGGGGCUGCACGAAGGGCUGUGGAUGAGCUGCGCCGCGCAGAGCACCGGGCAGGUGCAGUGCCGCCUGCACGACUCGCUGCUCUCCCUCGACGUUCACAUCCAGACCUCCCGGGCUCUCAUGGUUAUUUCUCUCCUCCUGGGUUUCUUCGGCAUCAUCGUGAGCGUCGUGGGCAUGAAAUGCACCAAGGUUGGUGAAGAGGAUCCCAUCACCAAGAGCCGCAUUGCUGUUGCUGGAGGUGUCCUCUUCAUCCUCUGCGGUCUGUGCACGUUAGCGGCCGUCUCCUUGUACGCCACGCAGGUCACCUACGAGUUCUUCAGUGCCAGCACUCCGAUCAACGCCAGGUACGAGUUUGGCUCAGCGCUGUUUGUCGGCUGGGGGGCUGCCAGCCUCACCGUGCUGGGGGGCUCCCUGCUCUGCUGCUCCUGCCCUGCCAAGGAGCGCCAAGGACAGCAGUACUACCGACAGUCGCAGCCUUCCACAGCCCGGGAGUACGUCUGACCCCAGCCCUGCCCUCCCACGCCCUCCCCUCCCAAGAGCAGGCACGGCCCGGUGUUCCCACAGGGCACACAGCUCAAGGGCACCACCAGAGACUUUUCUUCUGCUG